AUGUAUGAAGCACAGGGAGCUCUGGUUACUCUCUUCCUCCUCCUUUUCAAACUGUUUCAAGUGGUAGGUGAUGGAACUGUUAAUUGUACUGUUGAACUUCAAGUUCGGAGAGGUUUACAAUAUGAGAGCAAACCUGGGGACUCCCUCAGUAUAGAGUGUCCAGUGAAGUACUGCACAGAAAAGCCAGCCAUAAACUGGUGCUUGAUAGAGGGGAUGAGUUGCCUACUUGUGAAAGAUGGGCCAACAAGACACACAGCGUGGAGAGAAGGGAAUGUGGCUGUUCUGAACUUUAUGCCGAUUCAUCAGAGUGACAGUGGACUGUAUCAUUGUAGAGCUACUCUGGACAGCCUGAGUUCUCAGAGCCAUUCAAUAAGUGUUAUUGUUAGAGAAACCACUGACUUCAUUCCCGUGACUCAUGAGUCCCAGGCCCUGCCGGGCAACCUGGCUGAUAACGUCAUGGUGUCUUUAGUGACUGGUUACAGGGCUGUGCUGAGUUGCUCUAAUAUGUCACUAGUGAAUCUUAUCUCAGUAGUAUGGAAGAUAAGACUAAGGGAUGGAGCUUGCUGUUUAUUAGCAUACAGGGCUGAUUUAAAUAAAACAGUCAGAACAAAUUGCAGUGAGAGGAUGGACUGGGCAGCUCGACCUGAUCAUGACCCCGCCCUUCAGAUUCACCCUGUGAGACUCUCUGAUGAAGGAAAUUACAUGUGUGAAAUUGUAAACAGGGACGGAGGUCUCCAUCGGAACUACACUCUGAGUGUGUUGGAGCACGUGGGAUUUUCCCUUCUACUUCACUAUCUCCUGACAGGCGGCGCCAUUUCCUGUGUCAUUAUUGUGACUAUUUUAUACUGUACUUUACAACACAGAGUCCUCCAGCUCUCUCGACAGGUACCGUCAGCUUCUGUGCUAACAAAGACAGGAAAUAACAUGAGCCUGAACACCAUGGCUGCCCCAGAUAACCCCAAUGUGUACGCUUCAGGCAUGUCGGGGGUCUCGCAUGAUAACCAGUCAGACGACAUUUAUGAAAAUUAAUAUUCUAACAAUACAGAACCAAAUAGUCCAGUCCCAGGUCCACUCUUGGCUGUCUGUGAAAGAUGCUUAACAAAACUUUCCCUGUAUUAACCCGCUGCCUUGGUUUAAUUUGCCAAGAAGAAUGUGUUUGGAAAUGUAAUCAAUCCAUGGCUCCAUGCAGAUGUCAGCCACUAGCUAUACCUCAUGUUUUCUCCAAAAGGCCAGAGGAACCCAGAAAACAUAUUGUAUAAAGUCAUACAAUUAUUUAAAAAACUAUGGGCCAAAUUGUGGGCUUGCUUAUACCACAUGAGGUCCCACUGAUUUCAGUGGGGUUGCACGUGUGUAAUUAGCACAGAUUUUAAUCCUGUAUUCUGAAACUAAUAUAUUUAAAUCGCAGUUAAGGAGCCCAUUUUCUUAAGUACAACUAAAGAGAAGACAUGAACAUUAACAUAUCAGUAAACACCCUGAACAUUUUGAAAAUAUGGAAAUCACAAACUAAGGUUACAUAGGUAAGGAUGACACCAACUUUAACACCGGAUUCACACAGGGCAGCCAUUUAAACAGAAAAAUUCUCUCACCCACAGUCAAACAACCUUAACUUUGCUCCUCCAUUUGUAUUAUUAUUUUAGGGGCCAAUAACCCUUUGAUAGAAGUCAAUGGUAGUUUUCCUUUGACUUAUAAUGUCCCACUUUAACUCCUGUUAAUGCCUUGUCAACAUUGUACAUUUUAGAUUAUUGAGGAUCUGUGUGUACUGUUUGUUCUGUAGUAUUAACUGGGAUGGUUCAUGUCAACAGAUGACAUUGUAACUUCAGUUAUGCAUUGUAUCUACGUGAGUUUGUGCAGCACCACACACAAGGGUCCUGAUCCUGACUUGGGUCUCUAGGAAUCACAGUAAUGUAAAUAAAAACCAGAAUUGUUCUUAUUGUUAUGUAAUGGCCUAGAUUUCUGAUCUGGUGGGAUCAAUGGAUUGCACUUAUUCUGAGACAAUGUAUUGACUUCUUUAAGUUGU